AUGGCUGGAUACAUAGGGGCGGUUGAAGAUGAAGAAAAACUCUAUAGUGCCAACGAAAUCCAGUCUCAUGCCACUACACCUAUGCUAUGGCGGGCGGGGUUGAAUCCAGCCCGGUGUUUGGGCCCAGCAAUUGUCAGAGGGGGCCAUAUUUGGGAUGGGCAUUGGGUAUUUUGGAUUGGACCAGCUAUUGCUUAUGUGGCAUUCGCAGGGUUCACAGAGGUCCUCCCACGCCAGCAUUCACAUGCGACGGAGUAG